AGCUGCGCUCAGUUCGGUUCGAUCAUUCGUCGCAACAAGUCUAGUAAAGUCAGCGCGCUUCACACACAGCGCAGUCGAGAGUCGAGGGUGGCGCAGUGCAUGGCCCAGUCUCCGUCUCCGUCUUCGUAUACGUUUUCGUCUUCGUCUUUCUCUAACCAACUGUAAAAAGGGCGCGCGAGUGCAUUUAACUCAGAGCAUAAAUUUACAAAAAGUAAUUGUCGCUAAUUUUUUAGGUGACACUCGCGUCUCGCGCUAAUUUAUAUGUAUGUGUAGAAUUGUAUGUCAUUUCGAACGUAUUAUGAUAUAUUAUGCAAUUGGUCUUUGCUAAGUGAAGAGUCAAAUUGUGAGUGUGUUUCUGUAAUGCGCCGAAGAAACGAAAAGAGCGAAAACCAAGGAAAAGUGAAGCCAUCCAACCACAAUUGGCACGGCACUAAAAAGCCGUUUUAAAGCAAAAACAAAUAUAAAAGAGCAAUAAAUACAAUAACAACAAAUACAAACAAAAAGUGUAGCUGAAUUUUAGACAUGUCGCAGAUAAAAAUGGCGGCUGCAGCGACUGCGUCUCGGUCUGGGUCCAUGGCGAACAUUUGCGUCAGCUGCGCACGCCAGCGUCAAAGUCGACGCUGCGUCGGCGCCGGCGCAGCUGGAGCAACCGGCUGCAAUGCUAUAAUGCAAAUUUAUAGCGCUUGGGCGCUGCUCACGCUGCUGGCGGCCAGUGCUGCCUAUGUGCAGAGCGCAGCCGUUUCCUUUGGUGAUCUGCUGUCGCAUCCCACCUUUAAGCCGCUGUGUAGCGUUCAGCACGAGCAUUUCAUCGAGAGCGAUGGCAAAGAAUCUAGUCUGAUUAUUGAACUGAAGCCGGGCAGCUAUGGCGCCCAGCACAAGUCCUGCUCCCGCAUACUGAGCGCCCCGCCCAGCUAUGGAUUCAUUGUGCGCCUCAUUCUGCCCAAGCUGCGCCACACCCAGCGCACCGACAAUGCCAGCAACAAUCCCUCGGCUGCCGCCAAUUCCAACAUUAUGCCCGCUUUGGUCAGCGCUAACAAACAGUCGCAGUUGCUGCUAAAUGCGACUGCAGCAGCAGCAGCAGCGUCAAAUGCUGCCUCCCCCUCUGCCAUUGUUGUGGGACGCACCUGUCCACUAAAUAUUUUCAGCUCGCUGGAUCCGCAUACGGCGCAAUGGCGCGUGGAUCCCUGUCAGCUGGAAGAUACCGCCUCCGAAAUGGAGGAUCCGGUACGUUUGUUCCACGGCCGUGUGAGAAUCGUGUGGGAGCACGGAAUGCAUUCACUCAAGUCCAAGCUGAUGGUCACGGUGCUGGGCAAGGGCGAGCAGUGCAAGGAUGCGAGCAAGCAUCAGUGCCUGAAGAUUGGUGACGAGCCCAUUUUGUGCAUCUCCAAGGAGCUGGCGUGCGAUGGCAUACGCCAUUGUCCGUACAGCAAUGAGUACGACAGCGACGAGGACUACGAGCUGUGCUAUAAGCAGCGUCGUCCUGGCGCCGGCACGCUGCCCUCUGCGCUGGAGUCCGAUCUGUUUGAGCAGUUCGCCUUGGAGGUGUUUCGCAAUCUGUUUGCCUACGAUGCGCCCACAUCGCCGGAGGAUAUGCCGCCGCGCAAUGGCAGCGCCGGCGAAACGGAAGCAGCAGCAUCAGCGGGAGGAGCAACAGCAGCAGCUGGCGUCAAUAGCAAUUCGACAACGCAGUUGCGUAAAGUGCACACCAAAGACAUGAAGAAGCCGGACCCAGGCUCGCCCAAUGCCAUCGGCACUCAGUUCGCCACCGAGCUGGAUGGCAAGGCGCAGGAUAAUGACACCAUGGAGAACGGCAUUGUGAAUGGCAGCGGUGCUGGCAGCGGCUUCACCCGGCGCAACUCCACCCGCAGCGGACUCCACUCGGACCUGUCCAAGUACGGGCCGUGGGGCUAUCUAAUGCUCGGCAUGCUGCUCUGCGGCGGCGCGCUGCUCAUCUGCGGCCUCUGGGCUUCCGCAUCGCAGCACGCUGUCAACAAUGAGCGCGAGGCAGCGCUGGCCGCAGCCAAUGGCGCUGGCAUGGAUCCAAGCAGCGCCACAUCGCCGCCCAACUACGAGGAGCUGGAUCCGCCACCGGCAUAUUCCGUGCUCUUUCCCAAUCAGAAGGCCGCCAGCAGCAAUACGCUUAAUGCGCUCGAUGGUGCGGUCGCUAGCACAACAGCGGCAGCAGCAGCAGCAGCAGCAGCGGCAGCGGCAGCAGCUGCAACAGCAGCAAUAACAGCAACAACA